UCUCCCAGGCGGACUUCGCUGGCUUUUGCGCAACUGUGCUGCCUUGUGGUGCGCUGAAGCUGCUUUUUGUGCAUGGGUGGGAGCUGAGAAGGUCGGGGAUCAUUGCAGACAUUCUUGCCUCGUCUUUUUUUUUUGCUCUUUUUUCUGGGGUCAAUCGCUGAGAGAAAUCAUGGUUAUCAAAGUCUUUAUUGCAAGCCAGUCCGGUUCCACCGCGCUAUUGCUACUUUUCUCUACAUAAUGGUUAUGGAGUUUCAGAAAAUUCAUCAUACGUGAAACACUUGGAGAUGCUUCUGAGAAAUGUGAAAAGGUGCUAUAUAAAUAUCAAGAAGAAACAGCAGGAUGUUCUGGGUUUCCUAGAAGCCAACAAAAUUGACUUUAAAGAAAUGGACAUAGCAGCAAAUGAAGAUAACAGAAAGUGGAUGCGGGAAAAUGUUCCAGGAGAAAAGCGCCCACAAAAUGGCAUUCCUCUCCCUCCACAAAUCUUCAACGAUGAACUCUAUUGUGGGGACUUUGAGGCUUUCUUCAAUGCCAAGGAAGAUAAUGGAGUUUAUACAUUUCUUGGCCUGGCACCACCACCUGGUUCAAAGGAAGCACAUCAGGCUAUAAUCAUCCAGAACGGCGAAGUUCCAGAAAGUGAUAAAGGAGACUUAGGCAAUGAGCAGCAUUUGCAUAUAGCUGCAGAAGAUCAGCUUGAAGAAAAUAUUGAAAUGUUGCAUAAUCAUUUUGAACAGUCAACAGAUAUAAAUGAAAACAUUGGUGAGAAUGAAGCUGUGAAAGUUGAGGAAUCUGUUCAUCAAGCUAUUGAACCAGCAGAGGCUGCAAAAGAAGAGGAACAACCAGAAUCAAAGGAAAAAGAAGAAGUGGAGCCAGUUACAGAGGAUGAAGAAGAGCAGCCUGUAACUGAGGAGGAGGAUGAAGAAGAACCAGUGACUGAGGAUGAGGAUGAAGUGGAUGAAUCUUAAAAAUAUGAUUUUGCUUUUAUAUGAUUUCAUCUGCAAGGGUUUAAGGAAGCAGAAGCCCUUGCGGAGCAAAAGCAAGUGUAAGAACUUGACCCAGGAACAUUGCACCACCCAUAAUAACCUCAGUAAAAACAUUGGCACUGCCCAAGAAGUUCUUCAAUUCAAAGAAAACAUGGAUUUCAACAGAGGAGUAGCCUUCAAACAUCUCCUAUUUUUGCAAAUAUUGAGCCGCAAUCAACCUUUUCUUUCUGUUUGUAGAUGAUUAGCUGCUGUUAUGCUUGGAGCCAGUGAGCUUUGUAGAAGCAAAAUUAGGUUUUUGGAAGCUGAUCUAAGCACUCGUGACAACAUGGCAUUGUUAAAUUCUUUAACACCCGAAACUUUUGUCCUUGGAGCUGCCAGUGAAAGCCUUAGAUCAAAGUUUGCCUCCAGGAUAAGAACUGCCAAUUUUUGCAAAGUUUUGCCUCCUCCUUAAUUAUGCCAAGUUGCCUCUGUUUCCUAUUAAUUUUUGCCACUGUUCCCUUCACUGAAAAUCAAUUGCUGUGAAUGUUGGAGAGAGUAAUUACUGAUAAACGAUGCGGUGAAGUUCUUUUUUAAAAAUCUCCUUAUUUUCCUUUUCCUCUUAAUGAUGUAUUUUAAUAGAGCAUUUUGGUGUUACAUCAACUUUUUAAACAGAAGAAAAUAGUUAGGUUAAACUUGCACCAUCCAAUGGAAAAUUUUCAUCUCUUAUUUUCUUAGGCAUUCAAAUGUCCAUCCCCAGAUUUGGAUAGUGUUUAUUCUGGGUCUAGAUUAUCAGGUGCACAUUCUGUCUUAAAGCAGACAGCUGGGCUGUUCUCUGUUUCAUGGUGUUUAGCGUGUAGUACUGUAGUGAUACUCAUGCAGGAGUUGUAAAUGUCAGUCUGCUUAUUUGAGAAAAGGACUCCUUUCAGUAUAUGAGGUAAAUGUCUCACCCUAUAUUCUUACCAAAAGUUUUUUUUUGUCAGUUUACAUUAAAGGAAGGAUAAGUGUGUAAAUUUGAAUCCCCAAGGUAUAUGAUUGCCUGUGUUGCCUACUUGUUUUCCCCUUGUCUAAUAUUAAAGGUGACAGUGUCAUGGUGGAUAGUGUUUAAACUUGGUUUUAACUUUCAUUGCUGGACAAUAAAUAUGGCAUUGUGGAUCAGCCACUGGUUGUGCCUCUUGCUUACUUGUCCAUUGCGUUGAAGUUAAAUAGAAAAGGAAAUCAAGCGGGUUGCAUCCACAAGACUGCAUUUACUGCCCAGCAGUGAAAGUUAGAAUUGUCCCUUGAUUCGUGUCUCUUGUGCCUUUUUGUGUCAGUUUAGUCUCUAAAUGUAAAGGAUCCUGAACAGCAGCAACGCAAACGUGAAUUAGCCCUGUAAUGCAACACCUCAUGUCUCUCGGGUUUUCUCCAUGAUUCCGGGGCAAAUGGCUCUUCAUCUCAAUUUUCAAAAUAAUGACCUGUGAGGCCUUCUAAAAUUGAUGGGAAUGCAGCCACUAUCUUUUAAAAGCAAAUUAAAAGCAAGAGACAUCCAGUGCUAUGGCUACAUUCUUUAAAUAGUCACAACUGAAAGAAUUUGGUUGCUUUCAGUGUUUUUUAGGAACUUACAGCAUGGAUAGGAUUUUUGGCCCUUAUUGAAUCUCAGUACCAUUUGCUAUGUAUAGAAAGUAGACCACAUUACAUUACCUCUUUCCAUAAUGGAAUGUAACUAAAAGGUGCAGUAUUAAAAGUGUGCUCCUUGUGGGAGGUAUAGGGCUGGAAGACCUGCUAAUUUGAACUGGUGGAACAACCCUCGCACAGUUAAUGAUUCUACCCCGUUAGCUUCUUCUGGAAUUUAGCCAAAAUACUCUUUACUGCCCAUGUCUAACAGCUGUAAUAAUAAAGUCCUGUUCCUUCAGUGCUAUCACCAAAAAAAUGUGAUCACUCAAAGCUUUAUGAAUUCCCUUGCACCCAACAAUUAUAUUUAUGUUGUACCCAUCA